AUGGCUUCUGCUGAUAAGUUUGAUAGAGCUGCUCUUGAGCAACUCGUUACUAAACGUUUCUUCUACGCGCCUUCUUUCCAAAUCUACGGUGGUGUCGCUGGUCUUUAUGAUUUCGGUCCUUCUGGUUGUGCCCUUUUAAACAACAUCAUCUCUCUCUGGCGUAACCAUUUCGUCUUGGAGGAAGAGAUGCUCGAGGUCGAUACCACCAUCAUGACCACUCACGAUGUGCUCAAGACCUCUGGCCAUGUCGACAAAUUUGCUGAUUUCAUGUGCAAAGACUUGAAGAACGGUGAAAUCUUCAGAGCUGAUCACGUUAUUGAAGCUGUCCUUGAGGCACGUCUUCAAGGUGACAAGGAAGCCAGAUCUGCCAAGGCUGGUAAGACAGCCGAGCAGAUUGCCGCUGAGAGUGCUGCUGAUGCCGCUGCCAAGGUCGACAAAAAGAAGAAGAAGAAGAAGGGUACUGUUGUUGCCGUUGAAUUAGCUGAUGAUGUUCGCCAAUCGUACGAGGAAUGUUUGGCUCAAAUCGAUAACUUUGGUGGUGAUGAGCUGGCUGUCAUCAUGAAGAAGUUUGACAUUCGUUCUCCUGAAUCUGGCAAUGAGCUAUCCGAACCCAAAGAAUUCAACUUGAUGUUUGAGUCUUUGAUCGGUCCUACAGGUCAAUUGAAGGGUUUCUUGCGCCCUGAAACUGCUCAAGGUCAAUUCCUCAACUUCAAGAAGCUGCUUGAAUUCAACAAUGAUAAGAUGCCCUUUGCCUCUGCUCAAGUUGGCCGUUCUUUCCGUAACGAAAUCUCUCCUCGCUCUGGUCUUUUGCGUGUUCGGUAA